GAGAAGGAAGGAAGGCGCUUUAUUGGACACAACGAGGGGAAGCUGCUCGGGUUUCAGUUUCACUGUCUUUACCUUCGUUAACUUCUACGCGCUUGCUGAAUAGUUUGUUUUCUUUUGCGGAUGAAAUACGAAACCAGUGUUCAGUCAUAUAUUAAAAAGUGUUUCAUAUUUAAUCUGCAAUUUAAUUAGCGAGAAGUGCAUUAGGAAUACGAAUUAAACGAUUGUUUUUCGCCGCCCGCUUAAUCUAGCUAGGGUCCAGGGCUUGUGCGAUGGACAUCAGCACGCCGGUGCGUGCGAAUGCCGUGCCUCCCUAUGGGCACAUUAUUGUCAACGAAAAAUGGAGAGGUUCCGCGAUCGUACAGGGUUUCAGAGGAAGUAUCAAACCAAUCUUUGAAGAGGAACUUGGUGUAGUGGACUUUCAUCUCUCCAGUAGAAGCUGUGUGCUGUAUGUGUCUGAAAGUGACUUGGUGGCGGGAAGCGCCUACAAGAGGAGACUUGUUAAAUUUAGAAAUGCCCGGUUCUGCAUGCAUGGGAUCGUGCUUGUGGAGAAGACCCGGCUCAGUGAGCAGUACUUCCUGGGCGUGCAGAAGUUCGCGGUGUUCGAGCUGGGCCUGGCGCUGCUGCCCGUGGCUGGACAGACGGAGGCCUCUCAGCUAAUAACACAGCUGGCCCAUGACAAUGGCCGGGAGGCGUCGACCAAUCCUUUCCUGCGGAGGAGCACAGCACGCCUUCAGGACCCACUGGUGCUGGCCCUGGUGCAGCGUAUCCCUGGAGUGGGCAGGGUGAAGGCCAUGGCUUUGCUCCACAACUUCCCCAGCAUCCACCAACUCAGUCGGGCUAGUACCCAGGACCUGGAGCUCGUGGUGGGGCAGACCACAGCACAGCAUGUUCGGAGCUUCUUCACGCAGAACUGAUGCAGGCGCAGCCCCACUGCAUCGUGCCCACGCUGUGUUGAUAAUUUGCCCGACCUCCCCCACACAGACAUGUACCUGGAAGUGAGAAUGUAAAUAUAAUGGUAUGUGGACUCAGACACAUUCUGGAUAGUGUGUGUGUGUGUGUGUAUAUAUAUAUAUA